UCUCUGACGCCUGUUGAUGACGACAGCAACGAUGCAAACGAGGGAAAUUCCACACUGCGAUUGGCGGGAAAUGCAAAAGAAAAAAAAAUGGCGAUUGUAGAUGGUUGAAGCGGACGCUUGACAAGACAACGACAAGGCAAACGUCAACAUCCAACACGUCGAGGUGAGAAUGUUUAAGGACGUUUUUGAAGCUUCUUGCGGUGGGGAGUCUCUGGCGCCCGUGAUGAGCGCCGCGUCUGCGGCAACCCUGUGGGAGCCGAGCAGCGGCGGGACGUCCGCGGAGGACGACGACGGGGCAGAUUCCAGCAACCUCAGCGUGGGACAAUUCGUACUCUGCCAUUGGUCAGAUGGACUCUACUACCUUGGCAAGAUACUGAGGCUCAGUCCACCAAGACACAGCUGCUUCGUCACAUUUGAGGACAACUCCAAGUUUUGGGUCCUAUUGAAGGACAUUCAGCACGCUGGCGUACCGGGGGAGGAGCCUCGCUGCUCCGUGUGUAAGGAGACGGGGCCGCCCUCUGCCAGUCAAUUAAACCAAAUCCUCAUUUGUGGAAAAUGCGGCAUAGAGGGAAGCAGUGACAUAAGUCCCUGGUUCUGUCGACGAUGCGUCUUCGCCCUUGCCGUCAGGAAAGGGGGCGCUCUGAAGAAGGGGCCCUUGGCUCAUGCUCUGUUAGCCAUGAAGCAGGUUCUGGCGUACGACCUGGACGCUCUGGAAUGGGACUCUCCGCAUCGGACCAAUCAGCAGCAGACUUACUGUUACUGCGGAGGCCCCGGAGAGUGGUACCUGAAGAUGCUGCAGUGUUUCCAGUGUGAGCAGUGGUUCCACGAGGCGUGCACGCAGUGUCUGCAGGAGAGCAUGAUGUUUGGAGACAGGUUCUACUUGUUUGUGUGUUGCAUGUGCAACAAAGGCUCAGAGCACGUCCGCCGUCUGUGUCUUCGCUGGGUGGAUGUGGUCCACCUGGUUCUCUACAACCUGUCACUCAGCAGCAAGAAGAAGUACUUUGAGCUGGAAGAAAUCCUGGCUUUUGUCUCUGCGCACUGGGAACAAUUACAACUGGGAAAGUUGGCAAACACUCCUCCGGCAGACAGGGGACAGCACCUGCUUGACGCCCUCAACAAGUACAAGAGCAAGUUCUUGUGCGGGAAAGAGAUCAAAAAGCGGAAGUGCAUUUUUCGUCUUCGGACGCGAGUUCCUCCGACGCCGCCCUUGAAACUUUUCCCCGAGCGCGCUCACUGCGAAGGGGGCCGGGGCUGUAAGAAGGCUGUCGGCCGGAUCGGGGCCUCAUCAGAGAGGAGAAAGAGGAAGUCCAAGUGGUUGUUAGAAGAUGCCAUCCCCAGCAACGAGCAUCACCACAUGGCCGCCAUCUUCGACUUCACCCUGGACGAACUGCAUGAACUCAGGAGCCGGACGUCAAGUGUCGAUCGGGACCCCGCGGACUUUUCCACAUCGGGUUGUGUUACCGCCCGCGACGCCAAUCAGCCAGCCAGACGAAAGCUCGGCAGCAGGAAGAGGAAGUUGCCGAACGCCGCCUACAAGCAUUGGACCGAUCUCAGAGAGGCGGUUUCAGAAGAGCCUUCCGAAAGCGCCGAGGCAGGCGCGUAUCCCCCAGACUCGCCGGCGGCGAUGGCGGGUCGCGGCGAGCGGUGCCACGUGCUGGCGCGCCGCGUCACGGCAGAUGGCUCCCUGCAGUAUCUGCUGCAGCGGGACGGUAGCGCACCUUACUAGAGGUGAGCUGUGGCCGCCUCGGUCACGCUAAAGCGCCGUUUCUUGCGCGGGAUGCGUUUCGGAUCCCCGCUUCCACCCGGAGAAAAUGGCCACUGUGGAGAGGCCAAAGAAAUGCUUUGGCUCCCAUUGAAAUUGAUCGAAGCACACUUCCGCUUCCUAAAAGGUUCUUAACUUAUUCAAAGAUUUUUGAUGUAUUGCCUGUAUACUGGGAAAAAGUAAAAGGCAUUCGUAUAGACGUCACCCGCCAUGUAGCGCUUCGCUUUUGAGCUCACACACUGGCAUAUUUCUUUUUACGUUGCACGUAUUCACUCUCGCCAGAUUUUGCGCCGAUCACGUUUCCGCACGGAGUAAAUAGAUGUGACCGUAGACUUGUGUGGCCAAAACCGGAAGCCAGGUGGGAAGAGUGUGUGAAGCACACAAAAGGCCAAAGUUUGUGAUGGUUUCGACAAUUUGAAAAUAAAGUACGCGUUUACUGCAAAGCAUAAAAGUCACCAAAUGCACAUCCAGGCUAAAGUUAGCUCCUCUAAUUUCGCCUAGCACCGAUAGAACCAAUUGUAAUCCCUCAAGGGGUCAAGAAUCGAGUGUGAAAGUUAACCAAAAAAAAAAGCAAGUUUGUACAGCCGAUAACAACAGGCAGGCUGACAUGAGCCGACGCUACGCUCGCGUCACUCCCCAGGCCCUGCCCCGCCUUUUCAAGCCCCGCAUGUUCAAACUCAUCCGUAUGACGUGAUUGUGACGUGACGUCGCCAGCCACUUGGUGGAGUGAACCACAAACAGAUCUGGAUUUAAAAAAAAAAAAAAAAAAAAAAAACCCGAAAGCACAGAGCCUGCCUUACGUACCGCUUUCAGUUUGGCACAGCAAUAGAAUAUUGUAAAUGUGAAAGAUACGCACAAUGACUGCAAUCCGUUAGCUGCAGGCGGUUAGCAGCCAUUCAUUGGACUCGACCACGUUACACAGUUGAAUAAAAACAAAAUACGUACAGUGGUGCCUCUAGUUACCAAAAUAAUUUGUUUUCGCCAGUAAAAGCGCUUUUAAAUAGCCUAAUCUGUGUCAAGCCCCCCAAGACUAAUUGAAAGUACAUAAUGUAAACAAUCUGUUGAUUCAGCUUUGCCGUUGGACGACUAUGUGAAGCAAAGGUUGAGUGUGAGAAGUGUACAUUGAAAAUGCCCGGCGCGUUACAAAGUGGAAAAUACGACAACGGAGACCCAAGCUGUCCGUCAAGCAAGAAUGGGAAAGAAUUUCAACAAUCGGCGUCCUCAUUUCUGAAAUGUUUCUCAAAUGUUGUUCAAAGAGAAGCUGACGAAAGUCAGUGGCAAACGUGACCCUGUCCCGGUCUUGCAGGCGUCAAAUUCAAACUCAAGUAUUAUCAGAACAGUUUGAACAUUAAAUAACUUGUCUUUGUCA